AGGACGUCCAUUUUAUUAUUUCAAGUAAGGUGGUCAGAUAGGUAGUCUUAAUGCUCAUCUGAUCAAAGCAAUCCAUUUACGCCGUCGAGUUGUGCGUGCAUACAGCCACAGUAAUAUAAUGGUGUGUCAUGUUGUAGAAAGUGGGCUAUUCUCACAAGACAAAUAUACAUACGCAUGGGAAAUAGUCCUGGCAGCCUUCGUCUUCUCAGAAAUGGAGAUUGUUCCCAUCUACUCCUGGGAAAUUGUGUUGCAAUUGACUUGAAAAAAGAAGAGCCUAAGAAAGAAGGUAAUGGAAUAACGAGAAAGACGUGGGAAUUGUCAUACAAACUAGAACGGUCAAGCUGUGUGCUCAACUUAAACAAGACCACAGGACGUAAUCAAGAUGAAGUGUUAGAGAUCAUCAUAGUGGAUUGGCUUGAAAACAAGAUCAAUGAUGAGAUUCAAGGAACAAAUAUCAACGAUAAUAUUACACGAGAAUAUUCACAGGCCUUUAUUGAUAGGGUACGAAGAGCGGAAGUUGGUCUUUUUGAGGUAUAUAAUACAUUUUCAUAUGUGUAUGAGCCCGGGAAGCGCCCUCGCUUUAUGUCACUAAAUACAAGAAAAACUACAAAUGAAUGGGGUGGCGUAACGGAAACCACUGUUCACGUAUAUGGGUCUGGAACAAGGAAGGGUCUUUAUGUUAGGGAGUGGAAGAAAAGGAGAGAGGGUCAAAAUCCUUAUAUGGGGACACUGGCUCACUAUUAUGUUUAUAAUAAUAUUGGGCUUUCUGUGGUGGUAAAGAUUCGAGUCUUGGAUGAUGGCACUUUGUAUUUUGAUGUGGAGGGUCCAAUCCAACACCCUUGCUCUGCAUUAUUCAAAAUGUUUGAAGAAGUCAACACAACCGGGAUAUGGACGCCUACUUCAUGUUCUCAUUGUGCUAAAAUUCAGAAGCAGCGUAACUUCAUGUUCUCUGACACAGAAGAAAGUGACAAUGAUAAUCUUCCAGAAGAUAGCCGAAACCAAAGUGCACAUGCCAUUGUCUCCAAUAGUGGUGUGGUUAAGGGCAAUGGUAAUGGUAAUUUGAUUGUGAACAGGCUUUACCUUGCACUUAGAGGAAAAUAA